AUGAGUAUAUUACGAUCCCCAUCCGGACGUGGAAGCUCUCAACCUCACUUAUCAAUUUUAAAUACUGAAACAACCGACAUACAAUACAUAACUUUUCGGACAAAGAAGAAACACCCUGAACAUGAUUGUAUCAGCUGUGAACAGUUUGCCGAUUUUCGUAAAGAAAUGACCAGUAUUUUAAGAGAUUUUGUUGAAUCACAAAACAAAAUUCUGGCAUCCCUAGUUGCUACAAACGAGAAAAUAGAUAAAUUUGAAGCCAACAUUGAAGUGCUAAACAUAAAAUCAGACAACAAAAGUAUUGCAAUAGAUUUAAGCUGCGAUGAAAUAUUUUCUGAAUUACAAGAACGAUAUCUCAGAGAAAAAAAUUUAACAAUUGUUGGAGUCCCAGAAGCCAAAGGAGAAAACUCCAAACAAAGAUCUGCUUCUAAUACAGGUGAAGUUUUAAAAGUAAUAAAAAUUACAUUUCCAGAAUGUCCUGAUCCUAUUCAAGUACGACGUAUCGGUAAAUAUAGCCCUUAG